AGCUGGACAAGGUCAUAGACCGGCCUCGUACCCGCCUAGAGGUGACUAGGCUACUAACAGAUCGCGACAUGACCUCCGACCUCAGUUCGUUUUGGGACAUUCCUGACCCGACGUCGCUGAAUGCACGCAAACAACUUAAUGGACUUGUUGAACUGCUGCCUCGCAAUUCGCCUCUAACUGCAGCUUUCCAAGAUUCUCUAUCUCAAAAUGCAUUGCUGCCGACCUUAUCCCGGUUCAUGUUGCACCCGUCACUCACGCUUGCGAUUUCAUGGACGUUUCGUCCUCUCUUGAUGGAUUUAUGUUCUAGGUGGUUGGAUACGGACGAUGAGGGUGCCAAGAAGCUGGAGGCUCUUGGGUUGUUGAUAGAGGUGCACGAGGAACUAUUCCCAAUUCUCUCGUCUUUCGUUCGCCGUUUCGAGAGGGGCCCACUGUGCUGCUUCAUGAAGCAAACCGAAGCAGAAAAUUUUGAUCGUGUAUCACUCCAUCGAAUUCUACUUGCUUAUUACCGUAUACUUCGCGCAACACCAUCGCUUCCAAGAAAUCUCAACUGGGACCUUGCAUACCUCUUAAAGUUAUGUGCUUCGUCGGACCUGGAUCGCGGCUCACGCUGGCUUGCAAUCCGUUGUUAUUCACUUCAAUCAAAUAUGAGUGAAAGUACUAGAAUACGCAUGGAACAAGACGCACUUGGAGAAAUCUGCGGCGAAGACUGCCCUAUUAGCUAUGGUGAAACUAUUUCUGGAACUGCAAAGGAAGUGGACGGAUGGAUGCUUCCGGUACUCGAAAUGAGCAGAAUUCAAGAUUAUAGGAAUAGUAUUAUCGAGUGUAUCGACGACUACUAUACUAGCUCCGAGAACUCGGACAUAAUGGUGAAGAACGAGGAUUUGAGCCCUCGAAUCGCAAAUGUUCACGGAAUUUUACUUCUCCGAACACCUCCAUUAAGGUCUGUUUCCUCAUCACUCGUGCCCACUUCGGCUGCUCUCCUCGCGCUUCGCCAGCUCGCUGUUAAUGUAUCCCUCCGUCGACCCACACUAUUGACAUCAGCAACAUCAUCAGGAAAGAUGACAUUUCUAAACUAUCUUGCUUCCCUUCUUUUCCCCUCAUCUCCCAAUCAAGUCAUCACGAUACAUCUUGCAGACACGUCGCUGGAUCCUCGCGCUCUGUUGGGUUCGUACAUAUCCUCCCCGACGUCUGCAGGCUCGUUUGAAUGGAAAGAUGGCGUUUUGGUGAAGGCAAUGCGUGAAGGACGAUGGGUCUUGCUAAAGGAUAUUGAUCGCGCGAGCAACGAAGUCCUUGGCUUAAUCACCCCACUAGUGGAAUCCAUGGACGACAUCCGACCAAUUGGGUCGAGCGCUGGCCUAUCUCUGGGUAACCGCGGAAAUGUUGAAGCAGCCGAGUCCUUCGUGCUCUUUGCAACGCGUUCUGUUGAAGUGAAUUCUGCCUCCUCCCCUCCACCAUUACUGUUUCUAGGUGCUCAGAAGUGGCGAGAAGUGAUAGUACCGGAGAAUUCGUUGGAUGAUCUACGACUUAUCGUCGAUUCCAAAUUUCCGAAUAUUGCGGGUCCUAUUGCCGAUAACCUCGUUGAUAUUUGGCUGACAUUGAAACGGCUAUGCGUGUCGACCUCAACUCGACCCGUCGGAAUACGUGAUCUGGAGAAAUUUUGCUCGCGAGUCUCUAAUCUACUUGGCUCCAGUAGAGUGGCCCCAAACACACAACGUAAAGCUGGUGAAAUACCCCAACUGUCGGCUUUACUAUCCCAUCCUUCUUUGCGUGAAGAAAUUUACUUGGAUGCUCGGGAUGUCUUUUUCGCUGCUGGAGCCUCAAGUAAACCAACUCUAGAGCAACGUGAUGCUAUUGCAUCAGCAGUUGGUGAAAAGCUCGGACUGUCGGAAGAGACCUGUGAAUGGCUCUUAAAGCGCAGAACACCCACUUUUGAGGUCGAGAAAGACGUUGAUGGACGACCCAUUGCACUUCGAGCUGGCCGUAUAUCCCUUGCCGUUGAGCCGAUGAAUACUUUGACGCAAUCAGUCUUGCCACGCCCAUUUAGUAUGCACAAACAAGCCUUGCGUCUAAUCUCGCAGCUUGCAGCCUGCGUAUCAUCCGUCGAGCCUGUCCUACUUACCGGAGAGACCGGAACAGGGAAGACUAGCGUCAUCUCUCAUCUCGCUUCCUUACUCAACAAGCCCCUCAUUUCUCUCAAUUUAUCCAAUCAGACAGAAUCGUCUGAUUUGAUAGGCGGUUUCCGACCUGUCAGUACACGUGUACCUGCACUAGAGCUUCAGAACCGCUUCACAGAACUCUUCCAAAGGACAUUCAGUAGUAAGAAGAAUGAACAGCUUCUUGCGAGUCUACGAAAAGCUGUUUCCAGUGGGACGUGGAAAGUCGUGGUCAAGCUUUGGACUGAGACUGCAAAGUCUGCGAUUGGAAAACUAAAGGAGACGGAGCCAGAUGGUGAAGUGGAGCGUGAGAGCGAGACGUUGGAUGUUAUGGACUCGUCAGUGCCAAGGAAACGACGAAAGGUUCAAGGAAGGAACUCUUUGGCCGAAUGGAUAUCGUUUGAUGAAGAUGUGCGUCACUUCGAGGUUCAACAUGUCCUCGACCAGGGGAAGUUCUCUUUCCAUUACGUUGAGGGACCACUGGUGAAGGCCAUCCGAACAGGGUCAUGGGUCUUAUUGGACGAGAUCAAUUUGGCCUCUCCAGAAACGCUCGAAUGCAUUGCCGGACUCCUACAGAGCCCUAAUGCUUCGAUCACACUCACUGAGCAAGGGUCGCUAGAGCCAGUCCCUCGUCAUCCGGGUUUCCGGUUGUUUGCUUGCAUGAAUCCUGCAACAGACGUCGGAAAGAAGGACCUGCCUCGAAAUAUCAGGGCGCGAUUCACAGAGAUCGAGGUUCAACCUCCGGACGAUGAUCUUGAAUCUCUGAUAUCUGUCAUUACUCACUACGUUGGACGCCUCGCCAUUACCGACAAGGCCGUUAUUGCAAAGGUCGCCGAGUUGUAUACAGACGUAAAGCGUCUAUCUGCGUCUGGCAAGAUUGCCGAUGGUUCCAAUCAUAGGCCUCAUUAUAGUAUGCGGUCGCUUUCGAGAGCACUCACGUUUGCUGCUGACACAGUUCGGAGCUUCGGUUUGCGUCGCGCUUUAUGGGAAGGGUUCACUAUGACCUUUACUAUGGUGCUGGAUCAGGAUAGUGCCGAGCAAGUAUUAGAUCUUGCGCGACGAGCAUUGCUCUCGAACGUAACCAACAAAGAGCACUUUCUCUCUGUAAGACCUCCGCCUCCGCAAGACGCUCCUGCCGAUUCAUACAUACAGCUAGGCCCUUUCUGGCUUUCUUCGGGUCCGAAUGAGCGCGAAGAGGUCGAAGACUACAUUUUGACGCCAUCGGUACAGAAAAAGCUUGUCGAUCUCGCGCGUAUAAUCAUGACGAAGCGGUAUCCGGUCUUGAUCGAAGGUCCCACUUCUAGCGGCAAGACAAGUGCAAUCGAAUACCUUGCACGUCGCACUGGCCACAACUUUGUUCGUAUUAAUAAUCAUGAGCACACUGAUAUACAAGAGUACUUGGGUUCCUAUGUUUCCGAUCCAACGACGGGUAAACUAGUGUUCAGGGACGGCCUCUUGGUUCGCGCGCUUCGUCGCGGCGACUGGAUUGUGUUGGACGAACUUAACCUCGCGCCGACCGAUGUCUUGGAGGCACUGAACCGGCUCUUGGACGACAACAGAGAACUGGUGAUCCCCGAGACACAAGAAGUUGUCAAGCCACAUCAGGACUUCAUGUUGUUCGCGACUCAGAACCCACCUGGCGUAUAUGCGGGAAGGAAGGUUCUAUCGCGUGCCCUACAUAAUCGUUUCUUAGAGGUCCACUUCUCCGAUGUUCCUCAAACAGAGCUUGAGCAUAUUUUAUGCCAGCGGGCUCGAAUAGCUCCUUCAUAUAGUCAGCGGAUCGUGGCUGUCUUCCAUGAGCUGCAAAAGCGGCGUCAGGUUAGCAGGAUUUUUGAGGGCAAGGAAGGUUUCGCGACCCUCAGAGACCUCUUUCGUUGGGCCAACAGGGACGCUCAAGGAUAUCAGGAGCUGGCAGAUAAUGGAUACAUGCUUCUAGCUGAAAGGACACGUCGACCCGAGGAUAAAUUGGUUGUAAAGGAUGUCAUUGAGAAAGUGAUGAAAGUCACAAUCUCCGAGGAUAGCUUGUAUAGCAUGGAGAAGCUCGGUGCCGCCAUCAAGUCACGGGGUGGCAUCGUCUGGACGAAACCAAUGCAACGACUCUUCAUCCUACUGUCGCGUGCACUGAGACAUAAUGAACCAGUCCUUUUGGUAGGUGAGACCGGGUCAGGAAAGACUUCGGUCUGUCAGGUCUUGGCGGAGUUGGAAAACAAAGUCUUGCGCACUGUCAACUGCCAUCAGAAUACAGAGGCCGCGGAUAUCAUUGGCGGGCUACGUCCUAUUCGUCGAAAACAAUCGUCUACGCACGACGCAUUACAGGAAGCAAUGAAAAUCCUCGGCUUAAUGGGCGGCCCAGAUGAAGACGACAAAGAUCUGAUUUCGAAGUUAAUCGCAGAUCGCCUACGCGAGAAUGAGAGUCCGCAUGAGCGUGAGGUGUUAAUUGCGGCUCAACAUGCCCUUUCUCCGUCUCGUGGACUCUUAGGUUGGCAGGAUGGACCCUUAAUAAUAAGCAUGCGUUGUGGAGAUAUCUUUUUGUUGGACGAAAUCUCGUUGGCUGAUGAUUCAGUAUUGGAACGCUUGAAUAGUGUUUUAGAACCUUCUCGCAUUCUCAUCCUUGCAGAAAAGGGGGGUGAUACUUCCGAGGAGUUUGAUGUGGUAGCCAACCCAGCCUUCAAGUUUGUCAGUACUAUGAACCCUGGCGGUGACUUCGGGAAGAAGGAGUUGUCUCCUGCCCUCAGGAACCGUUUCACGGAGAUCUGGGUCCCCUCAUUGAUGAAUCGCAGUGAUCUUUCAGAGAUCGUAAAGCAGUCUUGGAAACGCAAGGAGCUGCUGCUACUCACGACCCCUCUACUAGACUUUAUUGAGUGGCUCAUGCUCGAGGUUAAAGAUACUUCAUUACUAACCCUACGAGAUGUACUGAGCUGGGUGAACUUUUGCAAUACACUAUCCGCUUCGGCCGAUCUACCACUCGCGGCCCUUUUUGUUCAUGGUGGUGAAAUGACAAUACUAGAUGGUCUAGUCGGUCUAACACAGCUCUCUGCUUGGUCAACGGAAUCUGUAACGCAUCUGCACUCACGAGCGUGUCGACGUCUCAGGGAGCUCGUGCCCGAGUAUGGAUCACUCGACGAGGUAUCAACUCUUCACUUUUCCGUCCAAGAGGGGGAGUUCCGAAUUGGUCCUUUCUCCGUGCCAACUGGUUUACUACCGCCGCAGUCCAAUUCUUUCAGUUUCAAUGCACCGACAUCCCUUAGAAAUGCGUUUCGCCUUGUCAGAGCUUGCCAGAUAGCGAAACCGAUCCUACUUGAAGGGAGUCCCGGUGUCGGAAAGACCAGUCUCGUGACUGCAUUGGCGGCGGCAACAGGGCAGAAACUCUGCAGGAUAAAUCUGUCGGAACAGACAGACCUUGUUGAUCUGUUUGGUUCUGAUUUACCUGUAGAAGGAGCUGCCUCUGGGCAAUUUGGAUGGAGUGACGCUGAGUUCCUCCGAGCUCUGAAGAAUGGAGAUUGGGUCUUACUUGAUGAAAUGAACUUAGCAACUCAAUCAGUCCUCGAAGGUCUCAAUGCAGUUUUCGAUCAUCGAGGAACGAUCUAUGUUCCCGAAUUGGACCGGUCGUUCUCGCGCCACCCGACUUUUCGUGUCUUUGCAGCACAGAACCCUUUGAGUCAGGGAAGUGGGCGGAAAGGUCUACCAAAAUCCUUCCUUAAUCGUUUCACGAAAGUGUACAUCGAGCAGCUAACUCCGGAUGACCUACUACUUAUAUGUCAAAACCUUUUCCCAAACAUUGAUCUGUCGACCCUCCGACUUAUGAUCACGUUUAACUGCAAGUUGCAUCAAGAAGUCGUGGUAAAUCGACGUUUCGGGAUUUCUGGAGCACCUUGGGAAUUCAACCUCCGUGAUAUUAUGCGAUGGGCAUCGCUCAUGACUCGUUCGGACGGUGUGGUCGACGAGCCUUGGAAACAUUUUAAUGCUGUUUAUGGUACUCGUUUCCGUACUAAAGGUGACAAGGAGGCUGUGCUCGAACUGUUUGCAAGUGUUUUCAACGAUCCGGACGUUGUGAGGAAGGUUCACCUGGCAUUCCUCUAUACUCCAGAAUCUGUGGCUUGUGGUACUUCUUUUCUCAGUAAAGGUCCCGUAACUGUUCCAGCCGAAGGCUCCUUUCUCGCACCAUCACAGCUUAAUGGGGUGGAGUCUGCUCUGGCCGGUAUUGCACAUAACUGGCUUGUCAUCGUAUGUGGAUCGCAUUCGUCUGGUAAAACGAGCUUUGUGCAUGCCUUAUCUUCAAUGUCUGGCAGACCUUUACAGGAGAUGGCGUUGGGCAGCUCGAGCGACACUUCUGACCUCAUAGGAAGCUUUGAGCAAACGAGCAAUGACUUCCACAACGAGCGGUUUCUUGAGAAACUUGUGCGCAUUAUAAAUGCAUGUGUCGCUCAAACACGGCUCAAGGACGCUAACUCUCUCGAGUUCCUACUGAGGCUUAAAGAAGAUGCUGUCUCUGCACGACGAACUCGUUCCCUGGGGAUGCUGCAGGAAACUCUUCGCAGAAGUCUCAAAGAUUCGCUCUUCGAACCAUUCGGUAAAGACUUAUCCAGGACUCUGAAAACUGUCUUGGAAAAUUCUUUGUCUGCAAAUGAGUCCGCUCCAAGGUUCGAGUGGAUAGACGGACCCUUGGUGCGGGCUAUGAAGGAAGGCCAAUGGUUGCUCUUAGAUAACGUGAAUUUAUGCAGUCCCUCGGUAUUGGAUCGACUUAAUUCUCUCUGUGAGAUGAACGGUUCGAUAGUUCUGACGGAGAGGGGUAUAGAUCAGGAAACAAUAUUUCCCCAUCCGGAUUUCAGGUUAUUUAUGACGGUGGAUCCGGAUCGCGGCGAAAUAUCGCGUGCUAUGCGAAACCGAGGGAUAGAGGUCUCCUUGGAGCCAUCGACAGGAGAAGACGACAACAAACACUUAUCAGUUGCGAGGCGAUUGUCUGCGGAUUAUCCGGCACUACAUUCACGUUCAGGUUUUGAGCUCGAACGACGAGCACUACAAGAAGCAUGCAGGAGUCGCUACGGUCCUAAAGUUUACUUUGGCUCUGAUGACAAAACUGGCGUAGACUCCCUUUCAUCCCGUCUGGUCAUUGUUAACGCGGUGUAUGCUUAUUUGGACUCGUCUUAUGACACUGCAAUUGUCCUGUUUGUUCUCGGCCUUUCGAGCUCUUCCGAUUCGGGUAGCUUCUUGCGUCUAUUCAAAUCUAUCGGCACUGAACGUGCUAUGCGGACUCUGGAGCUACUUUCUUAUGUGCUUGAGAACUCGAGUACACUGAGGGUUGCAUUGGUGAAUACACCGUCCAUGUUCAGUUUCAUCACCAAACAACGUCGGCCUCUCGAUCCAUAUUUUUUCUCCCCACAUGUGGACUGGAUGCCAGAACAUGAGCACAAUGCAUGCAAUAGUAUUAGCCUAGUGCUUGAGUCUUUCGUGCUUGCUUCGAGUACAAGCAUUGAGCUGCGACAAAGGGAGAAUGCUAGGGAAGCAAACAUGGGACACUUGGCGCACACGCCUGCUUCCAAAGAAUACGAUACUGUAUCUCAAUUUGUCGAGUCCGCCCUGGCUCUUCUGCAAAAUGCUUUACUCAAUAAGCAGAUAAGUAGCAGGUCACUGGCAGAAAUUCUUGCUAUAUUUAGACUAAUUUGCUUUUCUCGACAUAUUUAUCAAGCCGCCUGCAGACCGGUUGCAGAUUUUUCAACAUUGCAUACAGUUUCCACCCGGAUUUGUCGAGUUGCUGAAGGCCUAAAGCAUGUUGUUGACGGAUUGGAAGAGCAGGCAAAUGCACUUCGAGAUGCAUAUGCCCUUCGGACGGGUUUAAAGAUAAGAGAACUUUGGCAUUCGUUGUCCCGACCUUCGGUUCCUUCUCGUGCCAUCAAUUUGCUCGCCAAGCUGACCCUGGUGCCCCUGGCUACACAAAGGCGUGUCAUCGACCUUAUCUUACUAGCCUCUACAACAUGCGAGAUCACUAAUGAAAUGAACGAGACAUUUCUUAUGGCGGAGGAUAUUGUAAACAAGAGUAUAAUUACGGAGAAUGAUGGCAAAGAGAUCCCCUUGGCGUCAGUGCAAGCUGGGUCCGAACUUGCAUCGAUGGCGAUUGAAAUGAUGGACCUUGCUAACUUGAGAGGAAGCCUUGCAAAUUCGAAAUUGCAACAUACUACCCGCUUACUUGGGUCGUCUGUCACGCUAGCGCAUCACACUUCUCGUAUGAUCGCGUAUCAACAGCUUGUUUGGAAGUUCGAUGCUGGUUCUGUUGUCGGUCGCGAUCUUGUUGCGCCAUACCUUGAAUGGCAUAAAGCCGUUUGGCAUAGCGACAGUUUGAAUCAGACCCUGGACGUCUCUGUUGUAUACACGCCUAUUCUGCUUCGAACUAAGUCACAGCCUAUUGAACGAACGUAUUGCUCAUGACGUAAUGAAUUUGUUGCGGUCUGAGAGGCAUGAGAGCCGACACUCAUCCCUAACCAGGUUUCUCAUACGAAACGUCUGGCUGAUCCUAUGUGCCAGCUUUCCUGGAACCAACGGAGAUUUAGUAACAAAGAUCGAACGUGCUUCAGGCCAUCAUAAUGAAGUAACCUUUAUCACAGAUGUUUUGAAGGACCCGUAUUUUCAGCCCUUCCUCGCGGUCGGACAGGCAAUCGAUGGUCUCGUCCAUAGCACGUCAUGGGCUGAUUGCAUUCAUGCUAUGGGAAAAUGUUGGAUUCUGUUGUCGCAGACUCUUCUCUCCCUUUACGUGCCUAACAUACCGAUUGAUCCUGUCCAAGUCCAGUGUUGCGAGACUUCAUUACGAAAAGCUCAGAUAGCGUGGAUCCAAUCACAAAUCCAGGUCCACACGUUGUGGGAGCGAUGCAGGUCGGGAAAUGACAGUAACACAAAAAUUCGCAUUCUUCAAGGCCGUCUUAAAUGUCUAGAAAAGGAGUCGGAACCCGUAGCCGUAGACCUUCGCAUUACCCGCCAAGGUGAUGCAUUAUUACUUCACUCAUUCUGGAAUGAGAUGAGAGGUUUUCUCUCGGAUAUGAUAUCACCCGAACGCUUGGAACGAUUUGUUCUGUCUACCACUGGUACGGAAGAGAACGUUCUAUCCCAGGAAUCGUUGCUUCAAGACGCCAUUAGCAAUUUUGUUCAGCGUAUGAAAACCGCGUAUAGUCCCUUACAGGACCUCAUGCCGGCCAUAGAAUUGGCAAUGCUACAGCUCAAAUUUGGCCUGAGGACGCUUCGGCACUCUUCUGUCCUUCUUUCAUCAAAAUGGCUGAAUCCACGAAUGCAGAACUUAAUCUGCUUCCCUUCAGUUCGUGCAAUGGAUGCGGCAUUGGCAACGCCAGUGGAUGAACUACUGCAAUCCGGUUUCCGGUCGUGCGACGCUCUUAUUCUGCAACUCGCCAGUUAUCUAAACAGCACGCCAGGGGAGAAUGUAGCUGGGUACAAGGAUGUUAAGAAUAUCUGGCAUAUAUUCGAUUGCAUAUGGGUGUUGUGGAAUGCCGACCUUACAAAGAAAGCAGAGAAGGCUCGACAAGCAGAAUCUUUGUAUCGCACCCAGAGCGUGGCUAAAGAUAGUCGGGACGACGAUGAGGUGUUGAGUCUGUUCCCUGUUUUUGAUGAGGAUCCGGACCCUGCCAUCACGACGUCUGAACCGACUGGUCCGGGUAAUUUCCACGAGUUAUCGCCAGGCUUUGCGAAGAAACUUUUAGAUCUCCACUUGAUACACUUCGGCAGUUCGAACUCCAUCCCAGAAACGCAGUCUAACUCACUUUGGCGCUCGUUGCGCUUCCAACUGGUUUCGAGCUGGCUUAACGGACCUUUAUCUUAUUGGCCGUGCAGUAUGGACGAUGAUAGCUUAGCAUUUCGUUUGGAUCUCCUCCGUGACACAAAGUCUCGUUUCAGCCAGUUCGACGGUGAGAAUGCGUACAGCUUCUAUCGCGAUCCAAACCUACAAGAGGCACGAAAAGCAGCAAGCGUUGUAAAUGGCUUGAGAGACAAGCUGAACCAGCUCAUCCAGUCAUGGCCAGAGCAACUCGUCCUACGUCAUUUGCGGGAUCGUUGUGAUUCUAUUUUAUCAAUGAACAUGUGCAGUUCAGUCGCAAAGAUGCUGGGGGCAAUUGAACGUCUAUUGCUCCACACGGAAGACUGGGAGAUGUACGCAAAUCGGGAUAAUUCGUUAACUAUGCACAGGCAUGCCCUGACCGAGUUGAUAGUAGAAUGGAGGAAGCUCGAACUAGCAGGUUGGAAGUCAAUACUGGAUACGGAGGCUGAAACAUUUUGCGACGAGCUUGGUGAUUGGUGGUUCCGGUUGUACGAUGCAGCUGUUCGAGGUGCAACUGCAGCUUCUCGGGAGUCGGCAUCUACUGAGUCUCUCAACCAGUACUUCGAUUCUCUGACGCCUUUGGUGGAGGACUUCAUCACAUCCUCUCCUCUCGGUCAAUUUAAACGCAGACUCGAUAUGGUUUGGUCAUUUGCAUUGAUGACGUCAAAGCUAACGAUCGUUGAAGAAGUGGUGAUGAAACGUGCCUCGCAGAUUCUACUCUCCAUCCAUCGUUUUUAUGCACAAUACGCCGACAGAGUAACUGCGUUCUUUGUGCAGGAAAGAAAGAUCAUAGAAGACGACAUCCUCAGCCUGGUCAAGCUGGCGAGCUGGCGGGAUAUCAAUGUACACGCUCUGCAGCAGAGCGCUCAGAGGACGCAUAAGCAGCUUUUCAAGAGGAUACGAGCAUUCAGAGAGGUACUGCGCCGGCCAAUUGCUAGCCAGCUUCACAUCGAUGACAUCCGUUCGGCUGAUGGAGACGCCGUGCACGGCACUUCUAAUGAUGUUCUUCCUCAAAACAUUGCCGAGCUCGACAACUACAAUGCAUCAGCAAGAGCUAGAAAAUUCGCGUUAAUAUUGACAAAUGGCCUAGAAUCGGUUUCGGCAGCACCAUCGGCAGUGGCACUCGAAGACUUAUCCGGUACCAUCAUUUAUAUACAAGAGGAACACUCCAAAUCAGUUCCCCCAAUGAAAGCGCUUUCCUCUGAAGAGUUGAAGAGAUGGAACUCAGCUCUGUUGGUCCGCAAGAAGAGGUCGUGGAAUGACUUCCUGAAGGAACUGAAGCGAAUCGGUCUGUCGCCGAACGUGAAACCGGAAGUACUGCAAAGGCAUCGUAGCAGGAGAUACCUUAUGGAACAGCCGCAGUCGACCUCCGAGAAUGUCUCGUAUAUGCCUAAACUAAGAAAAAUUGAUGGGUACUUUUAUCGCUCGAUUGUCAUUUUGAGCGACUUGGUCCAGCGCGAUACAAACCACCAUCAGGACAUCUCUACGCGCGAAUUGCGACGAGGUGUGUCUUCGUUUGAGUCGGCCUUCUCAUACGCUACCUCUGCAAGAGCAAAGGUCAUGGAACUCAUAAUAGCAUGGAGCUCUGUCAGGGCAUGCAGCCGAAGGUUACGUCAGCUACGGCAGGCCAUCGGUACUUGCAUAACGGCGUCUGAUAUUAAUUUAUUACUGCGAGAGUUGAAAGUCCAGAUGAUGAAAUCUGUUUCUGCUCUCAGGGAGCUGCAGGAGCUUGCGAAUAACAUUUCGGAGACGUUAGAACACGAGUCACCUCUGGAUCUGGAGUGCUUCAGUGGCGUUCGCCACUGGGUCUCGGGCGGCACAGACAUUAUCAAGCGGCUUUCUGACUUGACUCGGGCGUCGGAAAACAGUUGUUUCGUAACCGAAGAUGACCGUGAAUAUAUACAAUCGUCCAUCAGGCAUCUUGAAUCCAUAGAACCCCUGCUGGUUGAUCUGGAGAAUCGUGAACCUCGCUUAAAGAAAUUCUGUGAAUCAAUCCGCAGCUGGUCUCGUCAGCACCCUCUCGACACGAGGUCGCUGAGUGAAGUUCCGACGACCACGGAUUCGCCAGUUGACUCAAGUAUUAUUACCGAUAUGCUUCUCGUCAUCGGUCAAGACCUGUGCGAAGCCAGUGCCGCAGCGAAGGACACGGACUCUGAUGACUCGGAUCACAUUCGUCGGCGUUAUGCGCAGUUCAACCGAGUGUCGCGCGUCCUAAGAAUAGACGGAGUUUAUCUUCGGUUACGCGAAUUUUGUCAAAGCUUGCAAGGUAGAUCGCGUCCCGUGAUUUCAGAAUCACUUGAUCAAGUAUUCCCCUUCCUUGACGCCUAUGUGACUUUUGUCGAGCGAUAUCUUCACGAGUAUUCGGUGUGGACAAAAUCCCUUCUAAAGCUAACGUAUAUUUCGGGUCGUCUACUUCAGAACAUUGCGCAGAACGGUUUCUGCAAGCCUCAAGAGACAGAGGAAACAGGUGAAGUGGGCGGCGCAAUUGAGUCCGCAGAAGGAACGGGUUUGGGUCAAGGUGAAGGAAAAGAAGAUGUCAGCAACCAGAUCGAAGACGAAAGUCAGUUUGAAGGAAUUCAAGGCCAGGAAGACGAUACGAGUGGUAAACCGAAAGAAGAUGGCAGCAGCGAGGCUCUGGAUGUCGAUUUUGACAUAGGCGGUGACCUUGAGAAUUUGUCGGAGCAGGAUGCGGAAGACGAAGAUGGUGGAGUGUCCGACCUAGACGACAAAUUUGGACAAGACACUUCUCAGGACCUUAAUUCUGUAGAUGACGACUUCUGGGACAACGACGACUUUGAUAGUAAAGCACAGGACACCCAAGAGACAGAGGCUGGUAACUCAAAGCAUGGAGAAUCAGAGUUGGCUGCAAAGGAACAGGAACCCGAAGCAAAACAGCAACCUGCCAGUGAACGACAAGAUCAGCAGGACAUUGCAUCAGACCAGGACGAAAAUACCGCUGAAGACCCGGCAGCAGACAGCAUUGAUCAAAGCGAGCCUGAAGGAAAGGCGGAUGACACGACGAUAGAAGAUGCAGCGAAACCGUCCAAUCAAGACGAUAGCGUGACUCAGACGACAGAAUCAGAGAUGGUCGAUGACAUGCAAGAUUUGAAUUUCGAGGAGGACCUUGCAGACGUGGACAAGCAUAGUCAACAGAGUGGUGCGGAGUCUCUAGUCGACAAUGAGGAAGCACCGAGUCCAGCUGGUGAGGAUGCGGAAAUGAUGGACGAUGAAGGGAAUGAGGAAAACGGAAAGCCUGUUUCUACUGCAGAUGUGCAUGCUGGUAACGACAUUGAUGACUCUGGGAAUAUGAAAAUGGAUUCCACGCCCGGUGCUGGCGACGAUCAACAUCAAGCAGCAAAGGAAACCCUGGCUGACUUGCCCUCGUCUAGUGAUCGCAAUGAAGAACAGUCGAAUAUCGCUGGAGAUUCAGCCAAGGCGACCGAUCACACUGACACUCUUCCAGCGGGUCAACCUGAUUCAGCAGUAGAUUCGCACAGUUCCCAAAUCGGCAAGAAACCAUCGUUAUCGCAGGAUGCUCCUAUUCCGAAUCCACAUCGAAGCCUCGGUGAUGCCCUCCGUGAAGUGAAAAGGCGUUUUGACGAGAUCAAGAAUGCAUUAGACGCUGCCGAAGGGCGCUUGGAUGCGCAAGAGAUUAACGCCGCUAAUAGCGCAACACUCGAAUAUGUUCCUGAAGAUUCGAUAGAUACCGACAUGCAGGCACUAGGUCCGGCAUUGGGUGAAGAAAGCGCUAAUCUCAAUGAACUCAAGUUCGUCGAAGAGGACGGGGAAAUGCACGCAGACGACUUGGUUGAUCCCCCACCACCCCCUCGUGCCGAUACCCAAAGUAAUCUUGAGAAGUCUCAUCGUGACCAAGCUGAAGGUACUGGACAUGAAGAAGAGAAAAGGGCCCAUGAAUCAACCAAGGACACAGACUCGAACGCGAUGGAUGUCGAUGCCACCGCGCUUGAGCAAGGCAGAGUCCUUGAGCUAGAUACGGACGAACAGGAGUUGAGCGCAAGCAGAAAGGUCGAAGUUGAACUGAAUAAAUGGCUCCGAGAUGGUCAACCCGUGGAGGACGGCCAGCACAUGUGGCAACUAUACGACUCUUUGACGCAAAGUCUCUCAUUCUCCUUAUGCGAGCAACUACGCUUAAUCCUCGAACCGACUCGAGCAACGCGCCUCAUGGGAGACUUCCGUACAGGAAAGCGCCUCAACAUGAAGAAAAUUAUCCCGUACAUCGCGAGCAAUUAUACAAAGGACAAAAUCUGGCUUCGUCGCGUCCGACCCAGUCAACGAGAGUACCAAGUUCUCAUCGCACUUGAUGAUUCGCGAUCAAUGGCGGAGUCGCAUUCCAUUCACCUAGCUUUCCAGACGCUCGCAUUGGUUACGAAGGCGCUCAACAGGCUUGAGGUAGGAGAUGUCGCGAUUGCCAGUUUCGGAGAAAGGACGCAGAUAUUGCACGGCUUUGAAGAUGGCCCCUUCUCAGACCAGGCGGGGACCAAGGUGGUCGAAGCGUUCAAGUUCGCACAAUCUGCUACGGAUGUCCGUUCUUUGCUUGAAUCAAGCGUGGAGACGCUAACGAGGGCGCGUGAGCGUCGUGUAUCCUCGUCAUCAUCGGAUCUUUGGCAACUUGAAAUCAUCAUAUCUGACGGAAUCUGUCAAGAUCACGAGGAUCUGCGGGCAAUUAUUCGCAAGGCGGAGGAAGAGCAUAUUUUGAUUGUUUUCAUCGUCUUAGAUGCCCACCAUGAUGCACCAUCGGGUGAUCCUAAGAAUGACGUUAGUCGCUCACAGAACUCGAUCAUCAAUAUGAACCAGGCGAUGUACAGAACAGUCAAUGGGCGCUUGGAGCUACACAUGCAGCGGUACCUUGAUUCAUUCCCCUUUGAGUUCUUCGUGAUCUUGAAGAACGUGGAAGCUCUUCCGGACGUGUUGGCGGAUACACUGAGGCAAUUCUUCGAGAGAAUAUCCGCUUCUUGACUUCGAUAAGUUGUACUUCUGUAGAUACAUAUACAUCUGCUUUUUUGUAAUACAGUAAAGUGAAAUAAACAAGCCAUUAUAUAAUCACUUCAAUCACUCAUCGACUUUUGUAUUUCAUCUUGCCAAUUUCUUGAGAAAUCAUCAAUAGUCUGACCUGAGCUCAUGCUCAACAUCUCAAACGGCACCAUAUUGUGCAAAUGGGUAGGUGCGCUGCGGCUGGCGACUUCGUGUGAUGCCGAGUCAACGACUUUUAAGACCGGUUCGCUCGGCGUUUUUUCGUGCAAUCUCGACAGCUCAUCGUAGGUAAAUAACAGGGGAUCAGUUCGUGGAGCAUAAGGACUGAAGUCGACGAUGUGACCCGAUCGGAGAUCGCGUGUGAGGAUGAUGUCGAAGGUAUAGUCGUCUGUCGGCCAAUUCUUCUCAAUUUCACGACUCCAGAAAUUUGAUAUAGUGUUGCGAAUCUUUUCCCGCGUUUCUUGCUCGUUCAUAUAAUUAUAGAAAUUUGGAUCGCGUUGUGUAAUUCCUGCAAUAAAAGGUACGGUUGUGAUAGUGGCGCAUUACGGGAAAUCAGGGGUGCGAACCUAAGAGCUUCUUCGAGCGCACGAAACAUCGGAACUCUCGACUCGGAUCUACGUGAUACCACUUGCGAAGAAUGAGCUCUAGCCCAUACUUCGGCACUUCUGCAUUCUCGUCGGAAACGCAUCCAUCGAAUACGGUCUCCUCCUCGACGUCAUGUGAAACAAAAUCAGAUGAUUUGAGCAGCAUGUAUACUUCCGAUGGAGCAGUGCAUUUCAGUGGCGAAGAGGACGGAAGAAUCCACGAUGCGUCCUUGGGAGAAGAGAAAUUCAAUUUUGGAAACACAGCGCCGUAAUCUUCGAUCGCCUUCUGGAUUUUAGCAUCAAGCUCCGGAAAUGCAAAACGUUCUCGCGGUUCAUCUUCAUAAUCUUCAUCAUCACUAGUAACGGCUUCAUUCUGUUCACCAGGGGUUGUCACAGCCUUCCGGUAUAUGCACGCCAUCGGAGAGCAAAUAUCUCCUGAAAACUUCUCCAAGAGGCCGGACGAUAGUAGAUUUCAUACUGACAUGCUUGAAGCGAGGAUACCACGAUGAAAAUUGGAAAGAGAUGAUGUCUGCAUGAGAAAGCGG